AUGCGACGCCGGCGGUUGUUCUCGCAUCAGGCCAUGAUGUGGAUCCUCGUUUCCAUGGCUUUCGCUGCAAGAGUCGCAGCUGAGCAAGAACUUGCUGUAGUUCGCACCUUCGCAAGCGAGCAGGAGGUUUCCGGACUCACGGCCUCCUUUGAGUUAUGGAACACUAUGCUGCCUUGUGCCGGAAGCACUUGGGUAGCUGUGGACCUCUUACUUGUCUACA